AUGAACUCUCCUAAUGAGGUGUCUGUUAGGGAAACCGGUUUGGGGCCAGAAAGUGGGGAGCAUGCAGAAGGACGCCACUUUAGCCAUGGAAUCUCGAGGGGACAUGGCUUGGGCCCUGGGGAGAGGCUGUUACGGAGCAGAGAGGACAAAAUGUGUCUCCCAGUCUCCAAGACUUUCCAGUAUGACUCUUGGUUAGAAAGGGAUGAGACUGAGGGAAGGUCAGUCAUUUGGGGCUGCGAAGGUCGGCCUGGCACUCCGGUGGAUGAGAGAGGGGACAAUUUGGACUUUGUACCGGAGCUGGCAGUAGCGGGUACAAGCUUCAGGCAGCAUGUAGUCAACCGGGAGGCCUGGGGUGUCCGCAGACAUCCUUCCCCAAAAAGCUCCGCUGCAGAGCCCUUUGGCAUUUGGGGAGACACAGAUGGAGGCACAAGCAGGAGGGUCAUGCACCCCCCGAGCUCUGUGGAAGGGAAGCAGUUCUCAGCUACCGAACUGCACUCCAGAGGUCUGGGGAGGGCCAGCGCCUGGGUGACUCCAGGAAGAGGUGCCACAAGUAGGACUAGCAGUGAGGAUGUGCAAUAUCCAUCCUCCGACCACGAGUCUAUUGAUGAGUUGAAUGAGAUACAGAUGAUGAGGGUGACCAUUUGCCUCAAAGAAGGAAACCAGGCCAAGUCCAGUGGCCGUACUGAGCUGGAAGACUCAGGCAAACACACAAAUGUCCAAGGCAGGGGAAGAUUCGUCCAUGUGCCCCCCUCUGUACUGUCCAGUGCUACCCGGGGGCUCAGCUCAGGCCUGGAAAAGCCAGUUUCAGGGGAGCCGGAAGACUCUCUGUGUAAGAAAAGGCAAAGUAUGGUCUGGAGCAAAGAAGGGAGCAGACCAGGCUCCCCAGGAGCUUCUGCUGCCUCUGUGUCUACUGCUGCAGCCAACUCUGCUGCUGCCCCUGCUCCUGUUGCUUCAGGUGCCUUGCCCAAGACCAGUCCUAAAAAGAAGACAGCUCAGGAGAAGCCACUUCAGUGGAAUGCCUCAAGAGGAUCCGUGGGAAGAACUUUCCCACCAUGGGGACAGAGACUCAAGUCAGCUCCUGUGGAACCAGCCACUUUCCCCCCAAUCUCUGGGGUUGCUCUGAUAGGGAAGACCAGUAAGUGCUCACUGCCUUCAGGACCCAAAGACUGCAAGCCCUUCUGCACUGGGAAGAGAUCCAUGGCAAGGAAGACAAAGGAAUCCCAGCCAGGGGCCAAAGAAGAUGAUGACCAAACCAGAAAUCCUGGCUUGCAGGCCCAAUCAGACCUACUGCUGCCCAAUACCGUGGCUGUGCUAUGCUGA